UAGAAUUUCCCAAGCGAAUGUUAGUUGUGCUUGAUGCUCUUGAUGAAUGUGGUUAUCCAGAAAGAGAUGACCUUGCUAAUUUGAUUGCUAAUCACUUGCACAAACUUCCGCAUUGUUUUCGCUUUGUAAUUACCACGAGACCUAACGAAGUUUCUUUGAAUAAGUUCGAAAAAUUAAAUGCUCUGUUCAUUAAUUGUAGCGAUGAUCGCAAUUUAGACGAUAUUAAUUUUUUGAUUGAAGAAAGAAUUGGCGCUACUGACAGCAUUCUUGGUUUUAAAAAUAUUUUGGCAGAAAAGGCUGACGGACUUAUGUUGCUUGCAUCACUUCUUAGCAGCGAAGUCAAAAAUCAGGAUUUGUUGAAAGGUUCCAUACCAAAAGAUCUCAAUGAAUAUUGCGAAACUUGCCUAGCAAGAUUAAGUAAGGAAUUAGAUUCGUUUCAUGUUAGUAACGAAAAAUUUCAGUCAAUUUUAAGUGCUCUGGCUGUUGCUAAAGAACCUCUUCCUUGGGAAAUGAUCGAUGACGUUCUUUGUUUGAAUUCGAAUCGCGACUCAGUUGCGGUUAAAAAAAUUAUCUCUUGUCUAUUUGUUAGCAAUGAACAAGGAUGUGUUUCGUUUUUUCACAAAUCUUUAAAUGAUUGGUUGUUGGAUUAUCGAAAACAUGAUUACUCAGUCAAAACUUCUUGUGGUCAUCGACUUGUUUUAGAAUUUUGUUUAAAAUCAUUGGAUAACCUCAAAGCUGAAGGUGUAAACUAUGACAUCAUCAAACAUUCGUCAGUGAGGUAUUCAGUUAAGUAUUGGUUGCUUCAUUUACUUGAUAUUUCUGAUAAUGAAUGUAUCGUUGAAAAUGUUGGAAAAUAUCUUUUUGACUUAGAAGUUUUAGUUGCUUCUGUGUUGCUUGAUGGUCGUGGGACUUUAAACAUUUUUUCCUUUUUCAACGCACAUGAUGUGUACUUUCAUAUUUCUGAGGACAUUCGAUUGUUAUUUAAUGAAGUUUAUUCUGUAAUGACGCACUCUGUGCUCUCUGACAAUGAAUUAAUUUGUUUGCAAUACGUUGCCAACGAAGUCAAAAAUCUGUCAUCUCAAGCCACCGCAAUGCUUCAAACACGUUUCAAAGAUUUACCAUAUCUAGAGUGCAGAGACACGGGUUUUGUAAAGGCUCGAUUAUUACGUUUAAAUCAAAUUUUGAUUUCUGUUGAUGUUUCACGAAAUCAUGAUUACGUCGUCUGUGGUUAUGAAGGAUUCAUCGUGCAACUUUUUUCAUUUAGAACAAACCGAUGUUUAUGGAUAAAAAAUAUUGCUGGUCAGUUUAAGCUACAUAAAAACAAAAACGUUUGCGUUGUCUUUCAUCCAUUCGAAGAUUUGAUUUUUGCUUCUCAGCUUGAUAUAUAG